AUGCCUCCUCGAAAACGUGCCGCAGAGGCCAUUAGCACCACUCGCCGAACCUCCCGGCGCACAUCCACCAAAAGUCAAUACUUUGAAGGUACCGAUGACACCGAAGAGAGUGAUGCGCCACCAGCAAAGAAGCGCGGAAGACCCCCAAAGAAGCAACUAAAAAAGGAAGAAUCUGAAGAAUCAUACGGAGAUGAGUUAGCCCAGGAUGAGCCAGAGGAAGACGACGACGACGACGACGACGAGGAAGAUGAAGAUGCCCCUAUGAAGGUUACUUUCAUCCCCUUGGUGAAGCUGCGAGACACAGAAGGUGUGGAAUAUCAGGAUUUCAAGUUACACAAGAACACAUUGUUAUUCUUGAAGGACCUCAAAGCAAACAACCAGCGACCUUGGUUAAAGUCACAUGAUGAAGAGUAUCGGCGUGCUCUAAAAGACUGGAACUCAUUCGUUGAAUGUACAUCAGAAUCAGUGAUUGAUCUGGACGAGACAAUCCCCGAGCUACCCAUCAAGGACCUGAGUUUUCGCAUCCACAGAGACAUCCGCUUCAGUAAAGAUCCUACGCCAUACAAGCCUCACUUCUCUGCUGCAUGGUCUCGCACAGGCCGUAAAGGUCCUUACGCCUGCUAUUACAUCCACUGCGAGCCCAAGAAAUCCUUCAUUGGCGGUGGUCUGUGGUGUCCCGACGGCGAUCAGAUGCACAAGCUUCGCGCCAGUAUUGACGAGCGGCCAAAUCGAUGGCGUCGUGUUUUGAACGACGAAGCCUUCAAGCGCACGUUUCUACCCAAUGCAGCCAAGAAGUCUGACCCAGAGGCAGCGUUGCUCGCCUUCGCCGAGAAGAACCAAAAUAAUGCACUCAAAACAAAGCCGAAAGGCUUCACUACAGAACACCGGGACAUCGCACUUUUGAAGUUGAGGAAUUUCACUGUUGGGACUCAGAUUGACGAUGAUCUAUUCUAUCGCGACGAUGCGCAGGAGAAGAUCAGUGAGAUUAUUCGCCCAAUGAUUGGAUUUGUUACGUUCUUGAACAGCAUUGUUAUGCCAGAUCCAGGCCAGGACGAUGAUAGAGAUGAAGAUGACGAAGUUGAACAAGAGGAUUCGGAAGGAGAGCCCGAUGACGACGAUAACAGUGGCGAAGAGUAG